AUGACGGACGGCUCUCCCGACCGCCGGAAGCGCAGUAAAUGGGACGAUGCACCCAGGGACCCACGACUCGACCGUGAUCGAGACCAACAUUCUCACCGUGGAGGAGGAGAGGAUGGUGGCGAUCGCGAACGUUCUUCUGGCCGCUCGCGCUGGGACGAUCGCCGCGGUGAAACUGGACAUGGACAUCGUGAACGUGAACGUGAGCGUGACCACCCACGCGAAGACCGCCGCUCUCGCUCACCGGCAAGCUCCUCGCGUCGCCGUAGCAAGAGUCCUACCACCGUCACUGCUCGCUCGAUCAAUGCGCAGAUCCAGGCGAAGCGUGGUGUUCAACACGUCGAUGUUCCCCCCAUUCGUUCGAGCAUCGGCAAGUCAUCGAGUCCCCCGGCUACCAACACGUUCAGCAGUGAGAUGUACAUCGCGGAUGGCGACUACAUCAAGGACAUCGAAGUCAAUGAUCUUAGGAACCGGUAUACGCUGACCAAGGGUGCUACUCAGAAAAUGAUCAAAGAAGAAACUGGCGCGGAUGUGACGACCCGAGGAGCCUACUAUCCUGACAAGUCUAUGGCGACGCCUGCGAAUCCCCCGCUUUACCUACAUAUCACCAGCACCACGAAGGAGGGUCUCGAAAAGGCAGUCGCGAAGAUUGAGGACCUCAUGAAACAAGAGCUUCCCAACCUUGUGGAUGAGCGUCGCUUCCGGAGACGGGAGCCACCAGAGCCGGUGGAGCGAGAUGAAUACGGCAGGCGCAAGUGGCCCGAGGAGAGGAUACCAGUUGGUUUGGAGCCUAUCCCCGGAUUCAACCUACGCGCGUCUGUUGUGGGCCACGGUGGUCAGUACGUCAAGCACAUCCAGCAGGAGACUCGCUGUCGUGUUCAGAUCAAAGGCCGUGGUUCCGGGUUCAGAGAGCACGGUACUGAGGAGAGCGAUGACCCGUUGUACCUUCACGUAACCGGUCCUGAUCCCGGCGAGGUUCAACGCGCCAAGGAGCUUUGUGAGGAUCUAGUAGGUUCGGUUCGGCUGCAGUAUGAGGAGCACAAGUCUCAGCCGCAGCCAACGCGCUUCCCCGGCUACGGUGCUGGUGGUGGUGGCGGCGGCGGCGGCGGCGGCUCGGGUUACGUCCCCAACCAGCAACAACAGCAGCCAACCGGUGGAUCACCCCCGCCCCCUCCCCCGCCUCCAACCGGACCGUCUUCUGCGGCGCCCCCUCCCCCUCCGCCUUCUGCCUCUCCCACAGGAGUCGACCCUGCUGCCGCCGCGGCCGCAUACAAUCCUUACGCUGCGUACUAUGCCAAUGCUGGUGGAGUGGAUCCGUAUGCUGCGUACGGUGGAUACGCCGCAUACAUGCAGUACUGUGAGUGUUCUUCACAUACCAAGCAUACUACGCGCAAGCCCAGCAGCCCGGCCCGCCCGGCGCCGCCCCAGGCACCGCUGCCGGACCUCCCGGAACCCAGUAUGGCAUCAGCCGGCCACCCGGAAUGUGAGUAUCAUUAG